CUCAGACCAUGGCGUUCCUCCGGCAUAUCAACCUGCUCGCGCGGCUGACAGCCCGAUUCCAAGACGCCCAGGCCGCAGACGCGAUCGACCUCACGGGCGACGAUCAAGCCGUCCCGCGCGGCUUGUUCGUGGACUUGCCGGACGCGAUCGCGCUGCACCUUGCGGCUAUGCUCAAGCCCGACGCGUCGAAGAAGUGGGGCGACGUCGACGCUGUCCGGCGCGCGAUGGCCGACGUCGGCCGGUCCCUGUCCCGCCCGAGCGAGCCGAUCAAAUGUACGUUCGCCAACUCUAUCGGCAUUUCGAUCUCAUGA